AUGAUUAGAAAAUCAUUAUGCAAAUUUCAAGCCGUUGGGCCGAAUCGAGCUGGUAUUAUCAGCUUGUCUGAUGAUGCUGUUGCUGCCGUUUCUUCCAACACUAGUGAUUUAAAUAAAUCUUUAAUAAAUAAUAAGUGGAUACCACAAACAUUAUUACGUUCACAUCAACAAGCAAAUGGAAAUUUAAUACGUACACAAGAAGAUAAAGAUAAUGAUGUUUUUCGUCGAUGUCGUGCUUUACUUAAUAAAUUAACACCAGAAAAAUUCGAUAAACUUGCCGAUGAUUUAGCUAAUCCAUCAUUUGGAAUUGAUUCACCACAUUUAUUAAAAGGAGUUAUUUUACUUAUAUUUGAUAAAGCAUUAGCCGAACCAAAUUAUUGUUCAUUAUAUGCUGAAUUGUGCCGUCGUUUGGAUCGAGACGCACCGAAUUUUGAACCAGCAGAUGCACCGAUUCGUACAUUUCGACGGUUACUUUUAGCUAAGUGUGAAUACGAAUUUGAACAUCGUAUUCUUCUCGGACAAUCAAUGCCAUCAACGAAUCCAGCUGACGACGAUAUGGAUCCCCAAGAAGCUCGUAUUCAAGCGCGUAAAAAAGCGAUUGGAAAUAUCAAAUUAAUAGGUGAAUUAGGUAAACUUGAUCUUGUAUCCGAAGCAAUAUUACAUAAAUGUUUAAAAACUUUAUUAAAACGUGGUACAAAUGAUAAUUUAACUGAACGAUGUGAAGAUCUUGAAUGUUUAAGAAAAAUUUUACAAACAGUUGGAAAAAAAUUAGAUCAAGGACAAGGAAAAAAUUUAAUGGAUCAAUAUUUAGAACGUAUUAAAAAAAUUCAAACACAACAAGAUUUACCGUUACGAAUUAAAUUUAUUUUACAAGAUAUGGUUGAUUUAAGAUCAAAUAAUUGGUUGCCACGUUUAGCGUUUAUUGAAAAAGAAACAAAAUUAACUGAUGAAGAUGGUAAUACACAAACACAAAUAACAUAUAAAUAUAAUCCAACAAAUUCAAUGAUUCCUUCAUUAACAAAUCCAUUUACAUAUCCAUUUCAUACAUCAUCAUCAACACCAACAAGUCUUUUUCAACGACCACAAUUUCAUCCUUCUAUAUUACAACGUCCACGAGCUACACAAAUUACUUCGGAUCGAUAUCAAUUUGAAAGACUUAAUCCAUUAUCAACAGAAACUGAAUCAUCAAAUACUCCUGCACCACGUCAAACAUAUCGUUCAACCAAUUCUCCGAAAUCUCGUCUUCGUCAACAUGAUAGUUUAACCAAUCCAUUCGAUAAUCCAUCAUCAUCAAAAGAAACUGAUACAUCACAUAAAAUUCCAAAUGGACAUUCAAAUAAUCGUUCAUCAAACUCUCCAACAUAUACAAAUGGUUUAACAGCAAAUGGAGGAUCGACAAAUCGUUCAAAUACAUCAUCAUCAUCAUCAUUUAGUCUUCGUCCAAAACAAUCAUUUAAUCAUCGUACUCCAAUGACAGAUCGAGAAGAAAUGGAAUCACCUAUAGUUUCGAAAUCAACAAAUGAUAUUAAUAAAAAAUCAACAUCUGAAAUUCUUGCUAAUCAUCCAUUAACAAAAAAUAUGAAUAAUUUAUCAACAUUAAUUAAUAAAUCAAAAGAUUCUCAUCACCAUCAUCAUCAUCCAAAUAAAACUUCAAAUCAAACAACACCAGCAACAACAACAACAACAACAACAACAACAACAACAGCAACGGCAAUAACACGUGAUGAAUUAUUUUCAAAAUAUAAUACAUUUCUUCAAAUGUCAUUAGAUGAUUUUGAACUUAUUCAUAAUCAAUUACGUACAUUAAAAUUAUCAAAAAGUCAAAUAGUAGAAUUUAUUCAAUAUUUAUUUGAUCAAUCAUUACAUGAACAUAAUAAAAAUAUUUUAUUUAUUGUUCGUUUAUUAAUUUAUUUACAUAAAAAUUCAUUUCUUACGAAUCAACAAUGUAUUAAUGUUCUAACAAAUAUACUUUCGAAAAUACAUGAUUAUGAAAAAGAAUUUGCAUUAUUUAAAUCAGAAUUAGCAACAAUUAUUGCAAAUAUUAUAUGGGCUUGUCUAACGAAUGAACAAGAUGAUUCGUCAAAUAAAAAUAAUGGGAAUAAUCAUACAAAAAAGAGUACAUCGUCGUCUGCAAUAUUACUAUCAUUGAAUGAUGUAUGCGAUUUACUGAAAGAUGGACAACAUCAUCCACUUUUUCUUCUUAUACUGCAACAAUUGCAACAACUUUGUAAUAAUGAUGAAAAUUAUAUGUGCAAUUUACUCGAACGUUUUCGUAUAAAUAUGCGUGAUAUGUUACCUGAAAGUGAACGUCAAGAUACAUUACUUCUUCAAGUACUUGAAGUUCGUCAUUUAGCAUAUUUAUGUCCAUAUUUAAAAUUACGUGUUGAAUUACUCGAUAAACUUUCAUCAGCAUCAAUUGAUUCUAAUGAAUUUCUAUCGUUUGUUGAGCAUCAAACAAAAUCUUAUGAUAAAAAUACUCAAUCAUUUAUUCAAACAUUAGUUACAUGUAUUUAUGAAACAGCUAUAUCAUCAACAUUAACAUCAUGUAAAACUGAUAAAACAAUAUUAAAUCAAGAGAAGAUUUGUAUUGAAAUGCAUCGUCAAUGUUUACAAACAUAUUUAAAAACAGUUGAACAACAAGUUUGGGCUUUAUAUUCAUUACAAUUAAUAGCAUAUAAAAAUAAUUUUCCAAAAGAAUUAUUAUUACGUCUGUUUGUUUAUUCAUAUGAUUUAGAUAUAAUUGAAGAAGAUGCAUAUUUUAAAUGGAAAGAAGAUAUUAAUGAUGAUAUACCUGGUAAAGGUAAAGCUUUAUUUCAAGUUAGUAAAUGGUUACAAUGGCUUGAACAUGCAAGUGAAGAAUCGGAUGAUAAUGAUAAUGAUGAUAAUAAUAAUACAAAUUCUCAACGAGUUAUAUUGAAUGAUAAAGAAAAUGUUGAUGAUCUGAAAAACAUCGAACAAGAACAAAAUGCAUGA